AUGCAAGUCUCUAGACAACUCAAGAAGCAGAAGCUUCAACUUGGAGGAUGCAGAAGCUUGUGUUGCACUUGCAGGCUUAGUGUCUCUUCCUCGGAAGAAACUGAAAGCUCGAACUCAGAUCGGUUUGGAACCAUCUCUAGCCUAGCACACGCCAUGGUCCAAGAGCGGCUAGACCAAAUGAUCAGGGAGAGGCAGGAGGCAAGACAUAAAGAGAGGAGGAGGGCAAGGGGAGAAGGGGCUGAGUUCAUUGUAAUGGUGGCAUUGGAGAAGUCUUCCUAUGAUCCGAGAGAGGAUUUUAGAGAGUCCAUGGUUGAGAUGAUUAUGGCAAACCGGAUUUACGAGCCAAAGGAUCUACGAAAGCUCUUGAAUUGUUAUGUUUCGAUGAAUUCUGAGGAAUAUAGAGGGAUUAUACUGGAGGUUUUCCAUGAGGUUUGUACUAAUCUGUUCCUAUGUUGUAAAUGCCAUUGA